AUGCACAAAAGACUUGAAGGAUCCUUGACAUUAAAGAUGGCUGAAUUUGAAGAGCGACUGAAGGCUGCUUCCACUCCUACUAACUUAACUCUAAUACAGCUACGAGAUGAAUUCUACAAUUUCAAGGAGAUAGUGAGUUCUAUGCUCAGUCUCAUGCAACGGCAGAUCCUGGACUGUGUAAAAAACAUAGAUGCAAUUGAUAUGCAUAAACGUAGAAAGGCUCUGCUGUUUAACGGGAUGCCAGAGGAGUCACAAGAAGAUUUAUCACAAAAAGUAUUGUUCAUAUUGCAUGAGAAGAUGGAGCUCUCAGAUUUUACAGUCGCAAACGAGCCAUAUCCUGGAGGCAAUUGGGCUGAAUUGGCACGGGGCGAUCAAACGCCGCCAGCCGGGCACGGCGAGCUGUCCACGGCACGUGAGCUCCUCGACUUCGCCCUCGGCCCAUCUGCCUUAGACCACAGUUCAGAGACGCGCCUGACUGAAUCCGGCUGCCUUCUUCGCUUGGUCUUCGGUGCUGCGGAACGCGGGACUGUGAAACGUGCAAAGGCU